AUGCCGACUCUCGAGCCAUACGUGGACGACGUUUAUCUGUGGAAGUACAUUCCCAGUCUCACACUGUCGAUAGUCUUCACGGGCGUCUUUUUGGUCGUCACGCUUGCCCAUCUGUGGAAGAUGGUGGCCAAGAAGAUGUGGUUCUGCACGCCGUUUGUCAUUGGCAGUUUUUUCGAAGUCAUCGGUUAUGCCUGUCGAGCCGGCGCAUACAACGCUACCGGCUCCCUUGCUCCGUACCUGCUGCAGUCGCUCUUCUUGCUGCUGGCGCCCAUCUUCUUUGCCGCGACUCUCUACAUGGUCUACUCGCGCAUUGUACGGGCAGUGCACGGCGGGCAAUUUUCGCUGAUUCGGCCACGGUGGACGACGCACCUCUUUGUGUUUCUUGACUUUUCGUUCCUGUCGGUACAGUCCAACGGCGGUGGACUGCUGGCCAAGACAAAGACGGCGAAGAUUGGCAGCUACAUCAUCGUGACGGGGCUGAUCUUGCAGGUGCUGGGCUUCAUUGGCUUUAUGGUGUGCUGCGUGGUGUUCCACAAGCGGUUCCACGCCAGCCGAGAGCGACGCAACACGGACCUCCCCUGGCAGUCGUGUCUCUACAUGCUGUACCUCACAUCGCUGGCGGUGCUGGCGCGCAACCUGUACCGUGUGGUGGAGUUUUCGAUGGGCACCGACGGGUUCCUGCAGGUGCACGAGUGGCCGGUGUAUGCUUUUGAUGCGUCGCUGAUGCUGGCAGUGAUGCUCGUGUUUUUCGUGUGGCACCCAAGCACGCUGUACCCGCACGGUGUACGACCGGUUCCGGCAUCCGCGUUGGCAUCGAGGUCAGCAUCGAUCGAAGACGGACGCGACCAGCGGGAGUCGAUGAUGGAGCUGACGGGGAUGGAGACGACGUUCCAUCCCGAGGGUAAUGCCACUGGCAAUUCUGACCCGGGUUUGCGGUACAAGGACGACGAAAGCAGAGGCUUCCAGCUCAAGGACUGGUUUUGGCCGGCCAAGGUCUGGAGUCUAAUCAAGCACAGGCGUUGA